UACUCAUGUAUCUGCCUGACCUAACAUUCCGCGUUCGACAAGUAAUUGCUGUUCGGCUCGCGCUCGGAUCUAUUCGCAUUGGCUUGGAAAUUUAGAUCUACCAGCAUGGCCGAGAUACUAACGGAGCAACUUGACGCUCUCAGAGACGAAAACCGUCAUCCUAAGAAAUCAAGACAUUCGGCUACGGAAGACGGCAAGCAGGAAGAUGGCUCCCAGGGCAAAGCAAAGCUGCCCAAGGGAAUGGUUUUGGGUAAGGACGGAAAGCCCUGCCGCACCUGCGUCUCAAUCUCCGACUGGCGCGCCCUCAUGAAAAGCAAAUCCCCCACCACCACUAUCACCACUCCCGCCUCCUCCUCCGCUACAACAACAACGGCGACAACAACAGCUGCCCAGAACCAAGCCGCCUCCCUACCACCAGACUGUCCGCCCGACGUCGAAGCCCUAGGCCGCAGCACCUGGGCCCUCCUCCACAGCAUGACAGCCACCUACCCAACAACCGCCACGCCUCAACAACAAAACGAUAUGCGCAGCUUCCUCGCGUUAUUCGGCAAACUUUACCCUUGCUGGGUGUGCGCGGAUGAUUUUCGCGCUUGGAUGAACGAGCCCAGUGGCGCGAAUAGGCCCCGGCUAAAGACGCGAGCUGAGUUUGGCAAUUGGAUGUGCGAGGCGCAUAAUGAAGUUAAUCGGAAAUUGGGGAAAGAGGUGUUUGAUUGUGCAAAGUGGGAGGAGAGGUGGAGGACGGGGUGGAAGGAUGGGAGGUGUGAUUGAUGAUAGGUUCCCCCCCCCCGGCCCUACCUCACUCUUGUUUUCUUUCUUUUCCUUCCUUUCUUUUUA